UCACGCAGGCGCAAUUAGUCGUGUGGUACACAUGACCUCGCACAGUAACAACAAUGUGGUGUGUCUCGUUGCAGAGAAGAUGUUUACACUCCACUUUACGUUUAAUGAAAAAGCUGAAAAGUAAAACUCCAGCGGAGCAGCGCUGGCUGACGCGGCAGCUCAAAGACCCGUAUGUCAAAGCUUCGCAAGCCCAAAACUUUCGGUGCAGAAGCGCCUUUAAGCUGCUGGAGAUAGAUGACAAGUUCAGGGUCUUAAAGCCUGGAGACAGUGUGGUGGACUGUGGAGCUGCACCUGGAGCCUGGAGCCAGGUGGCCGUCCAUAGGGUCAACUCAGCCGGGACAGAUCCGGAGCUACCACGUGGUACGGUUGUUGGCAUCGAUCUGCUGAACAUACCUCAUCUGGAUGGCGCCCACUUCCUGUCCAGUCAUGACGUCACUGACCCCACCACACACGCCAAGCUUCUGGAGCUGCUCCCCAACAGCCAGGCUCAUGUCAUCCUGAGCGACAUGGCACCAAAUGCCAGUGGUUUCAAAGAGAUGGACCACGAGAAGCUCAUCAUGAUGUGUUUCUCUUUGAUAGACUUGGCCGAGAAGGUUUUACAGCCGGGGGGCUCUCUGCUCUGCAAAUACUGGGACGGGAUCCUCGCUCAGAAACUCCAGGAGAAGCUCUCAAGUGUGUUCGGUGGUGUUCGGAUUUUAAAGCCAAACGCCAGCAGAAAGGAUUCGGCUGAGAGAUAUUUCCUCGCUAGAAUGUACAGAAAGCCAGUGAAAUGAUGGUACUCAUCCUUUAUUUCUCUAAUGGGUGUCCUAAAAAACAAGGUCAAUUUAUAUGUUUUGUUGAGAUUCACACAAGUGCCCACUGUAGUUUCUGAUCAGUCUGAACAUAAAGAAGAGGCUCACUUAAUAACUUUGAUCAAAAGGUGGCACUGUUGAGGCAUCAGUGAGGCUCACAGCUGCAGGCACAGACACAUCACAUCCUGCUGGUGCUGAUUUUUAUCCCAGCAAACUUAACACAGUAACAUCAGUGAAUCAGUAAUAUGUAAACCUAUGCAAGAAUCAUCAAGUGUGAUAUUCCUCAAGAGCCCAAUGCUGUGUUUCCUCUGAAGUUAUUGUUUGCCCCACAGUGUUUGUUCUACACACUCAGUUUGGUAUUUGCUUUGUUACAGAAAGUCAUUUACCAGUGCUGCUUAUGCUAAUAAUUUGCACUGCCAGCCAUGUAGAAAUAUGUAAUCAUUCUCUCAUUGAGAGUUUACGAAGGGAAAACCUAAUACAUAAGAGUCACAUACAGCAUGACUAAUGGGAAGUGGGAUGAUGCUGAAGCUUGGCACGCUGCAAGUGUUGCUGGGCUCUGCUCUCUGACAGUGGCGAGAUGGCCAUUUCCUGGGAAAAUGUUGUUGAGCCAGAAGACAGGUUCUCUUCUAAGGUUCUUGUUCAAAUCACUGUGCUGGGCACUUUGGAAAGAAAUAAUUAUUUUUGUUUGUUUCUGUGAUUCUGUUCUGCUCUGCAUUUGGAACCACUGGUAAUGAAAUAAAAGGGUCCUUCUUUCAGAGCCACAUUAUAAGAGACACAAGUCACAGAAAUCUAUAUAGGGAUUCACAGCAUGCACCCUGCUGAUACAACACUGUCUAUAGCAUCAUAUACGUAAGUGUUCAUCAGUGACUCCGCUCACCAGGGGUGUACCAUGAAAAUCUGGGCCCUGUGCUUAUGCAGUCUGAGUGGGCGCCCCUGUUUCUCUUAAAACAUCAGCUCUAAUGCAUAUACAAAUAACUUUAUCUCAUUUCUUGGGCAUUUUUAUGCCUUAAUUGCAGCCAACAGCAGACAGAUGGGGAAUGACUUGCAACAACAGAUCCUGGCUGGACCAGGGACAUUGUGGUUAAUGAUCUGCAGCUCAACCUCUUGGCCACCAGGCCCCCCCCCCAUGUGCAAAUAACAGAAUUACAAAUCAACAUGCAUUCUUAAUGGCUAUUAGGGUAGUCAGCAAUGACCUGCACCUAUUAGUAUCUAUUUGAAUAAAUAUUACUCAGCUAAAUCUGUGACACUUCACCAUGAGGUUUGCCUGGAGAGGGAUUUUUGUCGAACAUUAUUUACUCCAUGGUUGUUUAUGUCUUUCAUAAAGAGAGACAAAGUCAAACUGGAAGCUCCAGCUUCUGUUCCAGAUGUAAGAAAACCUUAUUCAAAAUCCCACUGACUUUUGUAACUUAAAAAUCCAGCCUUUUAAAAUGGACUUUCACAAUGUUGUGUGGCUUGUGACAUGUCUAGGUAAGGAUGGUAGUGUUUUGAAAACAUAUUGUUUCUAUUCAAUAUUUUGUGUACCUUUUCCAGCUGAAUACAUGUCCACUGGAAAAUUAUUUCUCAUGAAAAUAAACUCCUAUAAAUUAC